GAGAACUAGAGGAGAGAAGAUAGAGAAGAUGCAGAAUAUCACAGGGAGCGAAAUUGCGGGUUUCGCAGUGGGAGCUCUCCUUCUUGGCGCCACAGUCGCUGCUCCUAAAGUUGAUGCUUUCAUCGCCGCUUCUCAGAGAAGAUCUCUUGGAAUGUGCGGGAAGUGCGGAAAUCUCAAGGUGGUAGCAUGUGGAAGCUGCAAAGGGACAGGAUCGAUCAAACCGGGAGGACCCUUUGGUUUCAACCUUAUAAGUGACGCAUCAUCCGACACAAACUCGGCAGCCUGCAACAAGUGCAAAGCCAAGGGCUGUUUCCCGUGCCCCGAGUGCUCAAAAGCUUGAUUCAGAUGUGAACAAAUCUCUCUAGUAUGUUACGAAACUCGGUAUUAUCUUUCUGUUCCACGUUGUUCGAAGAAAUCUCUACUGUGUGUUACAGACUCCUAACCUUUGAUCAAAGCGUUAAUGGGAACGUUCCUUAUGCAUCUCAAGAAA